CUUGCGGAGUUUUCAAAUGACAUGGCAACCUAAAGCAAAAGACUUUUGGAAGAGAAAUGCUCUCUGCUUAAAAGGAAACCAUUUGGCAUUUCAGUAGCUAAGUAGCCUUUGUAUUUUAUGGAGAGAAUGGCGUCCUAUGUGGACAAUAGUUUUCGGCAUGCAAUUAUGAAAAACCCGGCCGACAGAACGCAACAGGACCUCCAGGUUGUGUAUGCGUACCUCUACGGCAUGGAGGCUUUGUCCAAUUUGCGAGAACAUCAACUCAGGCGGCUGUGUGAAACGGUACGCUAUGAACAGCAUGAGGCCAACGAGGUUUUGUACUAUCCAGACGACAUCGGGACCUGCUGGUAUAUUCUGCUCUCUGGUUCAGUCUUCAUCAAAGAAUCCAUGUUUUUACCACGCAGCAGUUUCGGGAAGCGUUCGGCAGGCAGUUUGCGGAGAGGCUGCGAGUGUAUUGUUCUAGAAGCUUCAGAAAUGAUAGUGGUUGAUUACAUGGAGGAGAGUGAUGAGUAUUUUCAGAGACAGGCAUCUCAUCGCCAGUCAAGGCGAAGAUUUCGAAAGAUCAACCAGAGAGGAGAGAGACAGACCAUCAUCGACACCGUUGAACAUUAUCCAAUCAGCAAGCCGCCUCUUCCACCUGGUUACCACACGGAAUGCUCAAAAACACAGCUUCCUGCGGAUUUCAGCAAACUCCACCUCUCAGACAGUCUCCACCCACACAUGUCCUCCAGCCAAUCACGGUCCAGCAUUGCUAGCGACUCAGGAAGCAGCAGCCUAUCAGAUAUUUACCAGGCGUCAGAGAGUGACUGUGGAGAUGUGGAUCUGAGUGGUCUUCCUGAGACGGCGGUGGACUCUGAUGAUGAUGAUGAUGAAGAAGACGUGGGCAGGUCUGCUGACGCUCUGAUGAGCAGAGAUAUAGUCAGAGACUGUCUGGAGAAAGACCCCAUGGACCGCACAGAUGACGACAUCGAGCAGUUGUUGGAGUUUGUGCAGCAGCUGCCAGCCUUUGCCAGUCUGAGUGUGUCUGUCCGGCGGGAGCUGUGUGCCGUCAUGGUGUUUGCUGUCGUGGAACAGGCAGACACAGUGGUACUGAAACACGGGGAAGAGCUGGACUCCUGGUCAGUUAUACUGAACGGAGCUGUAGAAGUGCGUUACCCUGACGGACAGUUUGAGACGGUGUGUAUGGGUGGGAGUUUCGGUGUCUCGCCCACGAUGGACAAACAGCUGAUGAACGGAGAGAUGAGAACCAAAGUGGAUGAUUGCCAGUUUGUGUGUAUAGCACAGCAGGAUUACUGCUGCAUCCUGAACCAGGUGGAACAGAACACACAGCGGGUGGAGGAGGAGGGGGAAAUCGUCAUGGUGAAGGAACACAGAGAACUGGACCGUACGGGAACCCGCAAGGGACACAUCGUAGUCAAGGGUACCUCUGACAGGUUGAUUCAGCACCUGGUGGAGGAUCACUCUGUGGUCGACCCCACGUACAUAGAGGACUUCCUGCUGACGUACCGCACCUUCCUGUCCAGCCCUCUGAUAGUGGGACAGAGACUGUUAGAGUGGUUCAGUGAGCCCAGCCUCAGAGACAAGGUAACUCGUGUUGUGUUGCUAUGGGUCAAUAAUCAUUUCAGUGACUUUGAAGGUGAUGUGGACAUGACAUGCUUCUUAGAAGAUUUUCAGAACUGCCUGGAAAGAGAGAGGAUGACCGGACAGCUGCGUUUGCUGAACAUCGCAUGUGCAGCCAAAGCCAAACCGAGAGUGGUCUCUAUCACAAGGGCGUCCCGGGACCUGCCCCUACCCUUCACUCUGAUUGGUGGAGCAGAGCGGGGGACACGCCUCUUUGUCAGUAGCGUGGAAGUGGGAAGCAAGGCAGAGGAGGCAGGGCUUAAACGUGGAGAUCAGAUAUUGGAAGUUAAUGGACAGACCUUUGAGAAUGUCCAGUUGUCAAAAGCCACAGAAAUCCUGAAGAACAACACACACCUGUCCAUGAGUGUUAAAACCAACCUGCUGGUCUUUAAAGAGCUGGUUGCCAGGGUAGCAGAGGAGAGGAAAAACGGGAUUCCUCACCUCCCUAAAAUUGGAGAUGGAAAGAAAAAUGUUCGAUACUCUGUCCCUGACCUGGCGGUGGCUGCAGGGGUCACAGGUCAGGAGAAAGUCAGUAGAAAGGUCAAAGCACACACAGUGGGUGGACGCAACAAGCUGAUGAAGAUUCUGGACAAGACACGCAUCAGCAUCCUACCUCAGAAACCAUACAGUGACCUGGGUAUUGGGCAGUCACAGGAUGACAGCAUUUUGGGAAUGAGGCAGACAAAACAGGCCCCGCCCACAAUGCCCGUCAGCGGAAACCUGUCGUCUAGCAACCCAGACCUGGCCCAGUCUCCGCAGCGGAUCAUUGACUACAGCACGCAACCGCCUGCACCAGGACUUCUCCAGUUGCAAGACCAGGUGCUGCGUGUCUUUAAGGCUGAUCAGCAAAGCCGCUACCUGUUAGUCAACAGGGACAUGACUGCCAGGGAGGUAGCCAAUCUGGCCAUCAGAGAGUUUGGGCUGACCGCAGGACCCGAAGCCUAUUCGCUGUGUGAGGUGUCCAUCACACAAGAGGGCGUGACCAAACAGAGAAGACUUCCCGAUCAGCUUUCCAAACUGGCCGACAGGAUACAGCUGAGUGCCAGGUAUUAUCUGAAGAGUAACAUGGAGACUGAGACUCUGUGCUCGGACGUUGAGGCACAGGAACUCCUGAAGGAAUCCCAGGUGUCUCUUCUCUCUCUGAGCUCCAUAGAGGUAGCCAAUCAGCUGUCAGCACGCAGCUACCUGAUCUUCUCCAGCAUCGAACCCACCGACUACAUCAACGACCUCUUCAAGCUCCGCCCGGCCAACGCCCCCAGCAACCUGCGCAACUUCGAAGAGCUGGUCAAUCAGGAGACCUUCUGGGUCGCCACGGAGAUCGUAAGCGAACACAACCAGAUGAAGAGAGUGAAAAUUAUCAAGCACUUUAUCAAAAUCGCCCUCCACUGCAGAGAGUGCAAGAACUUCAACUCCAUGUUUUCCAUAAUCAGUGGGUUGAAUCUAGCCCCUGUCUCUCGGUUGCACGGCACAUGGGAGAAGUUGCCGAGUAAAUAUGAGAAGCUGUUGUCUGAGCUGCAGGAAGUGUUUGACCCGUCGAGGAACAUGGCCAAAUACCGCAACCUGUUAAACAAACACAACCUCCAGCCUCCCAUUAUCCCCCUACUGCCCGUCAUCAAGAAGGACCUCACCUUCUUACACGAGGGUAACGACUCUAAGGUGGAUGGGUUGGUGAAUUUUGAGAAGUUGAGGAUGAUCGCCAGAGAGAUCAGACACAUCGUGAGAAUGGCAUCAGUCAGCACAGAUCCUGCUUUACUGUUUAAGACCAGGAAGAAAAAGUGGAGGAGUUUAGGGUCACUGAGUCAGGGCAGCAGCUCCUCCCUGUCGGAGGCCGGCACUCUGAUUGGUCAGAAGCGGCGCGGGAGGCGGAGCUCCUUCCUCAGCGCUAAGAAGCUGUACGAGGUGGAGUUGAUGAGCAGACGGGUCCGACAGUACCUGGAAAGCUGCACGCAGGAGAGCGACGAGGACGCGCUACAGACGCUCUCUCUGCAGUGCGAACCCGCCACCAACACCAUGUGUAAGACCAUUCCAGAGAAGAAAAAAGCGGACGCGUCUCCUGUGACUCAGAGAGGCUCCGGCGUCCAGCAUGCCCACACACACCCAACUCGCAAGAGAGCACCUGGCAAAGACACGCCCCCGUUCGGUGCAAGAUCCCCUCAGUCUCUUCAGAAGAUUCUCUCUCUAUCAGAAGAGGGGCGUGGCCGACAAAAGAAACAGCCUGACGACAACCAAUCAAAUGCUUCCUCGCUACUCUCCUCCCCUCCCACCUCACCUCAUGGCAUGCUCAGGAAGGGUCCGUACUCGUCGGCGAGCGAAGGCUGUGAUCAGCUCAGUCUACUCAGCUCCUCCUCCUGUGACCUCAUCCUGACCUCAGACGACACACACACACACUCGCACACACACAACUCCCACCGGACUGAGUCUGACCAAAUUAGUCUGGGGUCGUAUUCAUUGGCUCAGGAUCAAUGCGAUCGCGCCUCAUUGGAUGCUGCCGACAGUGGGCGGGGCAGCUGGACCUCCUGCUCCAGCGGCUCCCACGACAACAUCCAAAGCAUCCCUCAGCGUGGCUGUUACCACGACAACGGCACCUACCGCAGCUGGGAGACGCUGUCGGAAGGCACGGGGAUGGGGCGGAGUUACUCGGCCACGCCCAUCGGUUACUGGGGCGAGGAAGCCGAGGGCGAUACGGGAACUAUCAAACGCCGAGGCGGGAAAGAGGAGCUGCCGAACCUGCCCAAGACCCCCAAAGGCCGGAGAGAGGGCCGUUUUCGUGAGCCCCCACCUACUCCGCCCGGCUACACUGCGCUACCAUUGGCCGAAACUGACGAAAUAGGCCACAGUCACGCCCACGGACGUCGCCCACCAGACUACAGCGCUGCGAUUCAGAGGUCCCGCCUCCUUAAACAGACAUGUGACUCAGAGCCGCGCCCACCAAACCGCUUGCCAGGUUACACACACUGCCCGUCGCCACGACGACCUCAGCAAGAUGAUAACGAACAGGUCUCUGCAGUUUGAGAGAUAUGGACCCCAUUGUCAACGACCAGGGAGUCCCUUUGAAGUUUCCACCCGUUUCAAACUCACCAUAGAGAAAGAGGAGUUCAAAACACAUUUUGGCACUUUUUGAACAAAAAAUUAUUACAAAAAAGAAAAAAAAAAAAAAACACGGUCUGACACAACUGACAGGAAGGUUGUGUAAGCAGAAUAUGUCUACACAGUAUCCUAAGACUCAUCUUUUUGACUGUCUCCUUCCUCAAGAGAAUGUGUGCUCAGGUGUUACCAUGGAAACAGUGUUAUUUUAGUUUCUUUUAACUCUAGUCAGAGGUCUGCAUUUUCACCUCCUGCACACUGUAACAGUGACUUUGUGCGUGCGUGCG